AGUGAAUCCACCUGCGCUCAAAUUUUCAUUGUAAAAUACAUAGCUGUAUGCAGCGAACCUCUUCAUCACUUGAUAUAUCAAAAUCUUAUUCGGUUCAAAAGCGAGCACGCACUAGUAUUCAUCGAUGGAAAGCAAUCCAGAAGUCAUCCAGGAUGGAACCACCGCCGAUGGUCGCACCAACACUUUAGCGAUACCCGCCUUCCUUAUUCAUGACGGGGGCGGCACAACAUUCUCAUAUCACUGCCUAGAACCCUUGGGCCGAUUGAUCUACGGCAUCUUCAAUCCUUAUUUCAGAAGUGGCGAACGUUUCGAGGGAGGUAUUCUCCGUAUGAGUCAGCUUUAUGCUGAGAUGAUCCGGAAGACUUGCGGGGAGCCGAAAUUCCUCGCCAGGCAAAAUUCCGACGGGAUGGUGGAUGUGCUCAUCGGCGGUUGGAGCACGGGUGGCCUGCUAAGUCUUGAGAUUGCCAAGACCCUGACUGGGGACUCUCGUGUCAGGGUCAUCGGGGUCCUCCUGGUGGACAGUAUGUAUACGGUCUAUCCUUCGUCAGUCCGCCUUGAGGCGAUAGACAAAUUGAACUUUGGGACAUCUAAGAAUAGCUUUCUCUCCCUACAGGCCAUGAAAGAGGCGUUGAGGAUCAUCUAUGAGUGGAAGCCGCCGGUCUGGUCUAGCCCCCACGAUGAACGUCGACCUAGGAUCUCGUUAGUGCGCGGUAUAGAUGCGGUACCAACCACGGGUGACCGGGUUCACAUUCCAGACGUGUACAGAAACGAACGGGCGCUAGGUUGGGAUCGAUACGAAAAGGAUAUGUUUACGGAUAUUUUGGAGGUGACAGGCGAUCACUUCGAAAUGUUCAAAUUUGAGAACAUCCCCGAGACAUCUAUGGCAAUCAAGAGAUGCUUCGAUAGAUUAGAGGCGAUAUCUCUAGGGCUACACGACUGA